GUUCAGCUCAGUGAUUGGAGCAGCGUGUGCGUGUAUGUAAUCUUGCGGCCUGUUCCAUUAGGGCAACGACGUAUGUCUUUUCCUAUCAGGAAAAAACACUCUUUACUUAUUGUAAACGCAAACAGUAGCAACCCUGCCCCGACGUGGCCCAACCCCAAGCGGAGCCGUCAUGUGGCAGGAGGCCCGCAAACAUGAGCGCAAACUGCGUGGGAUGAUGGUGGACUACAAGCGCCGCGGGGAGAGACGGCGAGAGUACUAUGAGAAAAUUAAAAAGGAUCCAGCCCAGUUCCUGCAGGUUCAUGGCAGAGCAUACAAAAUUCACUUGGAUUCAGCUGUAGCCCUUGCAGCCGAGAGUCCCAUCAACAUGAUGCCUUGGCAAGGAGAUACGAACAACAUGAUUGAUAGGUUCGAUGUCAGGGCGCACUUGGACUACAUUCCCACCUAUACACCGCCUCUCCUGAACACAACCACCCCAGAACAGGAAUCCGAAGAGAGGAAGUGCAAUUAUGAGCGCUAUAGAGGUCUGGUGCAGAAUGACUUUGCAAACAUCUCUGAGGAGCAGUGUCUGUACCAGAUCUAUGUGGAUGAGCUCUACGGUGGCCUGCAAAAACCAAAUGAGGAUGAAAAGAAAAAACUUGCUGAGAAGAAAGCUCAAAUCGGGUAUACCUAUGAGGACAGCACAGUGACAGAAUCGGAUGUACAGCCGGAGAAUGAUAAUGAAGAUGACUCGGAAAACAGCGAGUCUGAGGAAGACGAGGUCAUCCCUGACAUUGAUGUUGAGGUGGAUGUAGAUGAACUGAGCCCAGAGCAGGUGACUGAGAUAAACAAGAUGGGUACCACUUACGGCAUGGCAGAAGGGGAUUUUGUCUGGAUGUUGAGGAAGGACAAGGAGGAAGUGGAGGCCAUUAAGCAUGCUAAAGCACUGGAGGCAGAGAAGGCCAUGUACUCUGGCCGGCGGUCUCGCAGACAGCGAAGAGAAUUUAGAGAGAAGUAUAUGAAAGGCAGGCAAAUCAGCCCACCCAGCUAUGCCAGAAGAGACAGUCCUACAUAUGACCCCUACAAACGGCCACAGUCAGACUCAAGUUCAGAGUCACGCUCUCGUUCCCGAACCCCGGGCAAAGAAAAGAUCACCUUCAUCACUAGCUUCGGGGGCAGUGAUGAUGAGGGAGUCACAGCCCCACAAGCCCCACCUGCAGCGGUGUCAAGCCACAUCACCUCCAACACCGCAGGUCAUAGCAGGGGCUCCCGCCGAAAACGCUCUUCCUCCAGUCACUCGUCCUUUUCCUCACGGUCCUCCUCACAUCGCUCAUCACGCUCAUCGUCUCGUUCCCGCCGGAGUCGCCGUUCUCGUGGAGGUAGAGACCGAGACAUCCGUUACUCGCGGUCGCGAUCUCGCUCUCACCGGCGGUCUGACUCCCGUUCGUGUCAGCGCAGUGGAGGAGGUGGCUCGAGGAGACGAUACGACAGGACACGGUCACGUUCCACAGAUCGGAACAGGGGUAGAGACAGAAACAGAGACCGGGACAGGGGGAGAUUCUACACAAGCCGCAGGCGAACCAGGUCUCGCUCCCGUUCACGCUCAGGUGAUCGCUACCAGCGAAGGAGUCGCAGCACUGCGUACAGGAGGGGCGGCAGCGUCAGUCAAAGCCCCUCCCACUCACCUGCUGCCAGCCGCAGCCCCUCCCCCUCAUCCCGUUGUGCUCAGCCUGCCUCUGCUACUGCUGACAAACUGAGAAAGCCUGAAAGUCCGGGUGGUAAAGAGACUGGAGCUGCCAAAUUAAUGUGUCCAUUGCAGUCCAAGAUGACACCCCAGGAAAAGCUCAAACUCAGAAUGCAGAAGGCCCUAAACAAGCAAUCCAAGGCGGAUAAGAAGGCAGCACAAGCCAAGAUCCAGCAACAGGAGAACAAGCGGCAGGAACGAGAAGGGGUUUUACGGGCAAUGGCACGGAAAAUACGCAUGAAGGAAAGAGAACGGAGGGAGAAGGAGAGAGAUGAAUGGGAGAGGCAGUAUGGGCGUCAGAGCCACUCGCCCUCCCCCAACGCCAAAUGCGGUCGGGACCACGGCUCAUCCAGAAGGAAGUCACGGUCAAGAUCGAGAUCACGGAGUCCUCAUUACCGGUACUGAAGAAUCACCUGAUAAAACCUUGAGGGAGAGGGGAAAGAAGAAAAGACAUGUCAAACAAAUGUUCCAUCCCAUCCCAGGAUGACAAUGUUGAGUUUAUAAUUAAACAAUAAAAUGAAUUUCACUCACUUCAGCUUAAUCUACACCAUCUGAAGACUGCACUGUAAAAUCAUAAUUAUAUGACUACCAUUGCUAAAAUCUGUAAAUUAGAACUGUCUUGCUCUAAACUAAUUUUCCCUCCCAUUUUUGAUAUUACAAGUCAAAUUAGCUGGGUUACUAUGAUAAGAAAGUAGUGUUCAGAGCUAGAAAUUUUACAGCUUUCUUCCUUUACCUUGGAGUAAUUCAAUUUUAGAAUAUAAGAUUCAGAUGAAUGGUUAAGCAUUCCACAUCAUGUGAGGGAGCACAUCCCAACAUUGUAUAUAAUGCCUUUGUUUAAAGGAAUAUUCUGGGUUCAAUACAAGUUAAGAGAAAUUGAGAGCAUUUGUGGCAUAAUGUUGAUUACCACAAAAAAUAUUUCGUCUCAGCACUUUUCUAAAAAAAAGCAAAA